CAACAGCUUCGCGCCGUCAGCCACGCAUACCCUCCCCAGUGCCCGUCUUGCUUGGAUAUAUGUUUCGUCCGUUGUCUUCUCUUCUCUACUCUACUCCCAAUGUUUAGUAUGCGACUACUUCUGUCACCCACUGCCAACCCCUGAUCUGCAUUUUGGCGUUGAAAACGUAAGGGUCGCUCGCUACCAGCACGAACCAACAACAAAUAUUUACCACGCCUCACAAGCUCGACAAUACGCUACGAUUUCAAUUUCUGGCUACUUCUCCUGUCCGGCUGGCACCAUAAACAGGCUGCUACCUCACCUGCUACCCCGCCGCCGCCUGCUCCAAAUUUGAAAAUCUCGAUCUGCGAGCUACUCAAAAUGUCCGGCAUACCUUUCAAACCUGUGACAGUGUUUUCAGCUGCUUCUUCGGCGUUUCUUGUUGGGUUUAGACCUGAUUUACUCGUCUUCUCACGGCCGAGUUAUGUCGGAACGUUUCUACAAAUCUGGCUUCUGUCAUUCUCGAUAUGGGCAUUUUACAAGAUCGUCUUAUAUCCCAAGUACUUUUCGCCGAUAAGACACUUCCCUACUCCUCCUGGUGGAAGCUGGUGGAAUGGCCACUUUGAUCAGAUCAAGGCUUUGCCUACUGGAGGACCCAUGGUUAAUUGGAUCGAGAGUGUACCAAACGAUGGUAUUAUUCGCUAUAUGGGAAUGUUUAACUCCGAACGUCUGUUUAUUACCAGCCCAAAAGGCCUUGGUGAAGUUCUUGUUACCAAAAACUACGAUUUCAUCAAGCCAUCGCACGUUGCCACCGGACUCGGAAGAUUGCUAGGUAUUGGUGUGCUAUUGGCAGAAGGCGAAGAGCAUAAACGACAAAGGAAGAAUCUAAUGCCAGCUUUUGCGUACCGUCAUGUUAAGGAUCUCGUCCCCGUCUUCUGGGACAAAUCCAGGGAGGCUGUUCUCGCGAUGACCGAACACAUCAAUGCAGGCGGCAUGCCGAAUUCAGAAUUACCGCCCUCGCACAAGAGACCAGACGUUGAAAAGGACGACGCAGUCAUGGAAGUGGGAGAAUGGGCAAGCAGAGCUACCCUCGAUAUCAUUGGUUUGGCGGGCAUGGGACAAGAUUUUGGAGCCAUCAAGGACCCUAAUACGGAGCUCAACCACACUUACAGGACUGUCUUCAAGCCGUCCAGACAAGCAGCUAUACUUGGCCUUCUCAAUAUGUUUCUCCCCGGCUGGUUUGUCCGUAACCUCCCCGUGAAACGAAACGGCGAGAUCGAAGCUGCCGCAGCAGUCAUCCGAACCACCUGCCGUCAACUCAUCCGAUCCAAGAAGGACAAGCUGGAAAAAGGCGAGCUCACAGAUAUUGAUAUCCUUAGCGUGGCCCUUGAGAGUGGUGGCUUCAGCGAAGAGAAUCUAAUUGAUCAGUUGAUGACAUUCCUGGCUGCUGGACAUGAAACGACGGCUACUGCCAUGACUUGGGCUAUCUACAUGCUCUGUCUCCACCCCGAAGUCCAGACGAAGUUGAGAGCAGAGAUCAGAGAAAAGCUACCUAGCAUCAACGGCAAUGCAGAUGUCACAACCCAGGAUAUCGACCAUAUGCCUUACCUCAACGCAGUGUGCAACGAAGUCCUACGAUACUACCCACCUGUGCCUCUCACUCUUCGCGACGCAGCCCAAGAUACCACAAUUCUUGGCCAAGCUGUUCCAAAAGGUACUCGUGUGAUGAUGGUUCCAUGGGCCAUCAACAAGUCAAAUGAACUCUGGGGACCAGACGGAGGAAAGUUCAACCCAGACCGCUGGCUACCGUCCGAAAAGAACCCUCACAGCGCGAACGGAGGGGCCCAAAGCAACUACUCAUAUUUGACAUUCUUACACGGCCCACGCAGCUGUAUUGGACAGGCAUUUGCAAAAGCGGAAUUCAUGUGUCUUCUCGCCGCAUGGGUUGGCAGGUUCGAAUUCGCGCUGAACGAUGAGCGGGAAUUGGACGAGAAGAAUGUUGUCAUCAAGGGAGGUGUCACUGCCAAGCCAGCGAGGGGGCUUUAUGUCAGGACGAACGUAGUGGAGGGAUGGUAGAAAGCAUCUGUGAUGACGGAGACGGCGAAUGGAGUUUGAGUGUUGUAAUGAGUUUAUGAAAGGCAAUGGAUGAGACGAAUGGCUUGAAUGGGACCAUACCUGCAGGAUAUGGCAAUGCAUAUUAGAAUCAUCAAGUUUUGUCUCCUGGAUGCCGAGCUUGUAUUGCACCUAAUUGUACCUAUUAACUGUAAUGAAUGAAUAGAAACACUACAAAUGAGGUUUGAACAACGACGAAUUCCAUGACUCACAUGUAGAUAUUCAUGCACGACGAACAAGUUGCCCCAGUAUAGUACCCCUUCCCUCAUCGAACAGCAUGUAUUCCCGAGCAACUAACUUUCUCAAGCCACGAGAACGAGUCGAAGCAUAAACCCUACUACAGGUUCACAAUCCAAGAAACAACCAGAUGCUUCAUCCUAUCGGAUUUCGCAGCCUGAACACCAACCAGUGAACAGCUUGGAAGCAAAACUUUCCAGUCAUACCACCCUUGGAUCCCCAGAAGACAGUCGUUGCGAAUAUGGCUGGGAUGAACCCCGGUUGGCUUAAAGAUUACCUGGUUUGAGAGACCAGAUGUUCUGUAACGAGGUCUUACGUGGACUGUACAGUGUACGGGAGAUACUAAAUACCGAAAUAGCAAGAAGGAAGGAUAUAGAUACACAAUGAUAUUGAUAUCAAGGAUUCCGUAUCAACGCAGAUGUUUGAUGACGGAGUUUUAGAGCCUCACUCUCAUUGAGGGCAUUGGUAGGGAACUGCUAUUAAGAUGUAAUGCCAGCUUUAUGCUGGGGAGUGAGGAGCUGGAUUAAUAGGAAAUAAAUACUUACGAUUGCAACCACAUCGUAAACAACCCACCGGGUUUCCAUUUCCUCUGAUCGUCAUUGCAUUAAUUAAGCACAAGUUCUCCUCGUCAUCCUGUCUGACGUUGGGAGCGAUCAGAUCUCCGAAGUUCUGCAUGGGAAAUCCAGAAGCUCCGAGAAAUUGGGUCUUGGGCAGGAAACGAAGUAACGCGCACAUCUAGACCCAGAAGAAGGCUUGACAGUUUGACCUGUUCGAUCGACGGAUGGAUCAUGGUUGACUGUGGCGAAGUUUGGCUUUUAGAGUUUAGAAUUCGAGAUUCCAGAACGUCGCAAUGUGGACAAGGGCUGUUGGCUGUCGUGGUUUUAGGAAGAAGCGUUCUGGAACAGGCGUUCUGGAAGCAUGGAGGAUGCUGGCUGUUACAAGCGAGAAAUGAAAACACAGCCAUUUCAAGUUUAUGGUACUGACAACAAACUUGCUUGGAGUCUAGCAUUGUUUCAUUCGAGACUGCUCUACAGCUAGGCGGUUUAGCCA